AUGUGGUUCCUCCUGCUCCUGCUUCUGCCAGGAGUGAGACUGCAGGAAGACGAAGACAAUCUUUCUUCAAAGGAUAACCCCUACAGACUCCCGUUCAAUACUGUCCAGUUUGUAGACCACAAGACUUCAAAAAACGGCCCCAUACUAUUCCCAAACGAUGCACCGCCGCCGCCCCCGACACCAUUAAUAGUGACUUCGCGACCCCUCAUCGAAUCCAUAGCCAGGAGUGAGCUGAACCCCAACAACAGCGUAGCAGCCCAAUCCCAGUACCACCAGGUCCAAUUCAGACCUGAUUACCUGACCAGGACCAGGAGCUAUAAGCCCUUUGCCUAUGGAGGGCCUUCGACCCCUGUGUAUGACUACAGACCCCCAAAUGUUGGGUAUAUUGCGACCACUGACAGACCAGAGCAGGAGAAUUUUUACAGGCAAUAUGAGGGUAAUAGUACGAAAAAACAUUUGAUGGAUUCUUUUCAACCGAGAAAAAACGAAACCAAAGGAAUAAAUCUUUGGGAGCGUCCUAUUUACCGUCGGAGAAUCGAACAGUCACCAAGAAUUAACAACCCAAGGAAGGCUAAUUUUGACGAUAAAGUUAAAAGCAAGCAAAUCAAGGUGUAUCAUAGUUCGUUGUAUAGCAGAGAAGCUGAUUAUAACCAUCAAGUGGCUGAUCAUCAUGAAAACCAGGAUGAACAUAAUAACAUGAUUGAUUCCGAUGAAAGUGAUAGUCUUCGACAAAAACGUGCAACUAUGGAAGACGACGAUUCAAAACCACCAAUCUUUAAUAUAAACAAAAAAAAUAUAAACAGAAAAUUGUACAGCAACGCUAAAGAAAUACAAGCAAAAUCUUUGCUCAGUGUGAAGAAAUUCAAUCAAAAUGAUAGAGAAAUCUUCAACCCUACAACAGAAAGUAAAAUGAGAAAUAGGAAUCGUAGAAUGGAUCCAUCAAAUAGUCAAGAAUUUUUCAGUAUUAGCCACGAAAAACAUUCUGAUUCCAGUCCAUAUGUUUCAAGUAAACCACGAGCUAAUCCUAAUCAGGGUAAACAACCGAAUAAGCGUCCAACAGUGAAACUACGACAGUUAGUGAAUAUACAAAAUCAUAAGUCAAAUACUAACCAAGCCUACAACGAUGAAGUUAUGGCACGUGGACAGAGUAAUGUACGUAAGACUAACAAACAAUCGUCAAGUGGAGAAUGGGACAGACAUAGUGAAAAUGAAGCAAUAUUGCCUAAAAGAAGACCCACGUAUAAAUCUGAUAGUGAUCAAUAUAGAGAUAAAGAAGUAAAUCCACCGCCACGAGAUGAUGACAUAAAGAAAAUUCUUAGCACCGAACAGAAAGACAAAACCGAAAAUUUUUUAACUAAAUACGCCAGUUUCAAAUAUCGUCAGGAAGAAAUAAAUCAACAGAAUGAAGAUUUGAACAAAAAGCCUAAAAUCAUCAGGCCUAUUCAAUAUGGAAACAAUAUUCAACAAGAUCAAGAACCUACACCUACUCCUAUAGUGGGGAAUAAUAAAUACCAGGACCAAUCUCCUGAACAGCUUAAUUAUGAUGCUGUACCAGAGAACAGCAAGGAAUAUAAUCAUGGCGACAACUACGCGUUCUCCUAUACAGUGAAAGACCACAAAACUGGCGACGACUUCUCACAUUCCCAGCAAAGUACAGGAUCGGCAACAAAUGGAGAAUAUAGAGUUCGGCUCCCAGAUGGCAGAAUGCAAAUAGUUUCCUACACUGCAGAUGAGAACGGUUAUAAUGCUAAAGUUAGAUAUGAUGAACAUUCUACAGUAGAUAACAAUGUAGAUGUAGAUGUUACUAAAGGAAACAUAUACCGUCCUCCAACACCAGUCACAUACAAACAUAUUCACCCUGUAUACAAUGACAAUCAAGAUUCCUUAGAGAACGAAGAAUAUAUACACCAAAGAUAUAACGAAGCAAAUAUCCUAAAGAGUUCCAUCGCAGCAGACCGUCCCACAUCAGCCUACAACAACAUUCCACACAACUAUUAUGCACCAAAACAAAAUGAUUUCCAAAAUUACAAACAACAAAUAGAGACAACGAAACCUGUCAAUAAAGACCGUGUAGAUGACUUAACAGAUACUAACAACGAAUUCCUAAAACAUUAUCAUGAGAAAUUGUCAGAAAGGAACAAAUUACAGAGAACUAAAGAUGAAGACUAUUUCAAAUUUUCUCAAGAAAUAGCGGAUUAUUCUUCAGAAUUAAGUCAUGGUAAUGACCAUCAUAAGAGCAAGUUUGCGGAAUUUGAGAAUAAUGAAGGUGAACCCAAUGGUAAAGUUACUCCUUCAUAUGAAGAAUUAAAAGAACUUUUCGCAGAAAAAGAGAAUAGACAGCGUAAUGUUGUGUCUACAGUCAGGCCUAAUGAUGAUGUAACUGAAAGUAUAGUUGUGGCAAUAACUCCUAAGAAAUCCAGUUUAUAUACCAACGUUAAUUAUUAUAAUAACCUAAUAUCCGCUACUCCUUCUCCAUUCCCUUAUUCUGCCCAUUCUCCUACGACUCCCAGUAGUUACUUGUACUCCACUAUAGCUAAUUUAAAACAUAGAUUAACUUUCGGACACAAACCUGUGCUUUCUCAUCAGUACAUUAAUAAAAUAAAUAAAUAUUUGUCGUUUAAAUAG